AUGGGUACUACGACAAGUCAUCCAGCCCAAAAAAAGCAAACAACAAAAAAGUGUCGUGCACCUAUCAUGAGUGACGUUAGAGAAAAACCCAGCAAUGCUCAAGGCUGCGAACCGCAAGAAAUGGAUGCUGUGAGCAAGAAAGUUACUGAACUGAGCUUAAAUAAAUGUUCAGAUUCCCAAGACGCGGGGCAGCCUUCAAGGGAGGGAUCUAUUACCAAAAAAAAAUCGACGUUAUUGCUGCGUGAUGAGGACGAGCCCACUAUGCCAAAGCUAUCUGUUAUGGAAACUGCUGUGGACACUGACUCUGGGUCUUCGUCUACUAGCGAUGAUGAAGAGGGAGAUAUUAUUGCCCAGACGACAGAGCCCAAGCAAGAUGCCAGUCCUGAUGAUGAUCGCUCAGGCCAUUCUUCGCCCAGAGAGGAGGGACAACAGCAAAUACGUGCCAAAGAAGCUUCGGGAGGUCCAAGUGAAAUCAAGAGCUCAUUAAUGGUUCCCGUGGAGAUAAGGUGGCAGCAAGGUGGUUCAAAAGUUUACGUGACAGGCUCAUUCACCAAAUGGAGGAAAAUGAUCGGUUUGAUACCUGAUUCUGACAAUAAUGGCUCAUUUCAUGUGAAGCUAAGGCUGCUUCCAGGCACACAUAGAUUCAGAUUUAUAGUGGAUAAUGAGCUUAGAGUUAGUGAUUUCCUGCCCACAGCAACUGAUCAGAUGGGAAACUUCGUCAAUUACAUAGAAGUCAGGCAACCAGAAAAAAACCCAACUAACGAAAAGAUAAGGUCCAAGGAAGCAGAUUCCAUGCGACCUCCCACCAGCGAUCGAUCCUCAAUUGCUCUACAAAUUGGUAAGGAUCCAGACGAUUUUGGUGACGGAUAUACAAGGUUUCAUGAAGAUCUGUCACCCAGACCUCCGUUGGAAUAUACAACAGACAUUCCCGCCGUGUUUACUGACCCGUCUGUCAUGGAACGAUACUAUUAUACCUUGGAUCGUCAGCAAAGCAAUACUGAUACGUCAUGGCUGACACCACCCCAAUUACCUCCUCAGUUGGAGAAUGUUAUCUUGAAUAAAUACUAUGCCACGCAAGACCAGUUCAACGAGAACAACUCAGGCGCUCUGCCCAUUCCGAACCAUGUGGUGCUUAACCACUUGGUUACUAGUAGCAUUAAGCACAAUACACUUUGUGUAGCCUCCAUCGUUCGAUAUAAACAGAAAUAUGUCACCCAGAUUCUUUAUACGCCCAUAGAGUCCUCGUAA